GCCUACUACUCUACCGCUGUGACGCGAUGGUUCACUGCCCUCACGGCCCAGCAGCGAGUCUUCAAGCUUCCCUUUCAGACGGCUGGCAGCUGUUGGCAAGCCCCGAUCCUGCGGCUGCUGGGUGCCAAGAUUGGUCAGCGCUUCUUCUGCAUGAACGAGCUCGUCCUGGUUGAUGCACCUUUCACAGACAUCGGAGACGAUGUGACGGUGGACUAUGAUGGCCAGGUGAGGUGUCAUUCAUUCGAGGACUUCCGCCUGAAGUUCACCCACUACAAGAUUGGAAAUGGGGUGACCAUCAUGACCGGAGCCAGUGUUGCGAUGUGCGAUGCCGGAGACGGCUCCACGCUGCGACCCGGAAGCCUGACCUGGAAAGGCCACACCGGUGUCUAA